GGCACCGGGGCUGCAGCCGGCUGCGGCCCCCCUGGCCCCAGCCCCGGGGGGGACCCCGGCCCCCCCCCCGGCCCAGCCAUGCCCGCCGGCAGCAACGAGCCCGAUGGGAUCCUCAGCUACCAGAGGCAUGACGAAGAGGCGGUCAUUGACCAGGGAAGAACGAGCAACGUCGUCAAUAUUCACUAUGAGAAGGAGGAGCUGGAAGGCCACCGGACCCUGUACGUGGGCGUGCGGAUGCCGCUGGGGAGGCAGAGCCACCGGCGUCACCGACCCCACAGCCAGAAGCAUCGGAAACGGGAACGGGAGAAGGACUCUGCCCUGACGGAGCCGGGCUACCGCUACACCCCAUCCCAGCGGGUGCAGUUCAUCCUCGGGACCGAGGAGGAUGAGCAGCACAUACCCCAUGACUUGUUCACCGAGCUGGAUGAGAUCUGCGUGAAAGAGGGGGAAGGUGCUGAGUGGAAGGAAACGGCAAGGUGGCUGAAGUUUGAGGAGGACGUGGAAGACGGCGGCGAUCGCUGGAGCAAGCCCUACGUGGCCACGCUGUCCUUGCACAGCCUCUUUGAGCUGAGGAGCUGCAUCACCAAGGGCACGGUGCUGCUGGACGUUUGUGCCAACAGCAUCGAAGAGAUUGCAGAUAUGAUCCUGGGCCAGCAAGAAGAGUCCGCCGAGUUUGACGAGGGCGUGCGGGCAAAAGUUCGAGAAGUGCUUCUGAAGAAGCAUCACCACCAGAACGAGAAGAAAAGAAACAACCUUCUCCCCAUCGUCCGCUCGUUUGCUGAUGUGAGCAAGAAGCAGUCGGACCCGCACCUCCUUGACAAGCCAGCCCAAACACUCACCCCUCACCCUUCUGCCACCGCUGUGGAAGCUAAAAAUGGGGUGAGCCACGAGAGCAGCGCGAUGGAUUUAAGCAAGGUGAGACGCUUGUGGCUUUCUGACGCCUUUAGGCGCGGAUUUGCUCUUGCAAACGGGGCCGCAGAGUGUGCUGUAGAGUGCUGUGGGCUUUGGGUUUGGGGGAAGGGCCUGAACAUGGCUUGUCGUGCCCAGGCGGAGCUGCACUUCAUGAAGAAGAUUCCCACCGGUGCUGAAGCGUCCAACGUGCUUGUAGGAGAGCUGGAUUUCCUUCGCCAGCCCAUCGUGGCAUUCGUCCGCCUGACCCCGGCUGUCCUCCUCUCGGGCAUGACGGAAGUUCCCAUCCCCACAAGGUUCCUGUUUGUUUUGCUUGGACCGCAAGGAAAAGCCCAUCAGUACCAUGAGAUCGGCAGGUCCAUGGCUACUCUCAUGACGGAUGAGGUUUUCCACGACGUUGCCUACAAAGCCAAGAACCGGGCUGACCUCGUGGCCGGCGUCGACGAGUUUCUGGAUCAGGUCACGGUCUUGCCGCCAGGAGAGUGGGAUCCAUCGAUCCGAAUCGAGCCCCCCAAAAACGUCCCUUCGCAGGAAAAAAGGAAGGUGCCAGGAGCUCUCGAUGACAGUGCUUCUCACAGCGAGCCGGAGAAACACAGUGGUCCUGAACUGGAGCGGACGGGAAGGCUCUUUGGAGGUUUGAUCCUGGAUGUGAAGCGAAAGGCCCCGUGGUUCUGGAGCGACUUCCGGGAUGGUCUGAGGCUGCAGUGUCUGGCGUCCUUCCUCUUCCUCUACUGUGCCUGCAUGUCCCCUGUCAUCACCUUUGGGGGGCUGCUGGGGGAGGCGACCAAUGGCCACAUAAGUGCCAUGGAGUCGCUGCUGGGCGCAUCCAUGACCGGCGUGGUGUAUUCCCUCUUUGCUGGGCAGCCUCUCACCAUCCUCGGGAGCACCGGACCCGUCCUUGUGUUCGAGAAGAUCCUUUACAAGUUCUGCAAGGAGUACAAGCUCUCCUAUCUCUGUCUGCGGGCGUGCAUCGGGCUGUGGACUGCCGCCUUCUGCAUUGUGCUGGUGGCCACCGACGCCAGCUCUUUGGUGUGCUACAUCACCCGCUUCACCGAAGAAGCCUUUGCCUCCCUCAUCUGCAUCAUCUUCAUCUACGAGGCUCUGGAGAAGCUGAGUCACCUGCGAGAGACCUACCCUGUGCACAUGCACAGCCAGCUCGACCUCCUCACCCUCUACUACUGUAAGUGUGAGGCACCGACCCGUCCCAGCAACGAAACCCUGCGCUUCUGGGAGAGCAACAAGAUCAACGUGUCCGGCAUCGCCUGGGAAAACCUCACGGUGACUGAAUGUCGGUAUUUGCACGGCGAGUUUCAAGGACCUGCCUGUGGGCGCGAUGGCCCCUACGCACCUAAUGUCCUCUUCUGGUGCUGCAUCCUCUUCUUCUCCACCUUUGUCCUGUCGAGCUUGCUGAAGAAGUUCAAAACCAGCCGUUACUUCCCAACCAGAGUACGGGCCACAGUGAGCGACUUUGCCGUUUUCCUCACCAUCGUCAUCAUGGUGCUCAUUGACUUGGUGACUGGGAUCCCGUCCCCGAAGCUCCACGUGCCCCAUGUGUUCAAGCCGACCAGAGAUGACCGCGGGUGGUUCAUCAGCCCCAUCGGCCCCAACCCGUGGUGGACGGUGCCGGCUGCGCUCAUCCCAGCUCUGCUCUGCACCAUCCUGAUCUUCAUGGACCAGCAGAUCACGGCUGUUAUUGUCAACAGGAAGGAGCACAGGCUGAAGAAAGGAUGCGGGUACCACCUGGACCUUUUUGUGGUGGCCGUGAUGCUCGGGGUGUGCUCCGUGAUGGGGCUGCCCUGGUUUGUGGCUGCCACCGUCCUGUCCAUCACCCAUGUGAACAGCCUCAAAGUAGAGUCUGACUGCUCAGCUCCCGGGGAACAACCCAAGUUUUUGGGCAUACGAGAGCAGAGAGUCACUGGCUUGAUGAUCUUUGUGCUCAUGGGCUGCUCCGUCUUCUUCACUUCUGUGUUAAAGUUCAUCCCAAUGCCUGUGCUUUACGGCGUCUUCCUCUACAUGGGUGUGUCGUCCCUCAGAGGAAUUCAGUUCUUCGAUCGCUUGAAGCUGUUCUGGAUGCCGGCGAAACACCAGCCGGAUUUCAUCUACCUGCGGCACGUGCCCUUGCGAAAGGUGCAUUUCUUCACCGCCAUCCAGCUGAUCUGCCUCGUCCUGCUCUGGGGCAUCAAGGCGUCCCGUGCCGCCAUCAUCUUUCCCAUGAUGGUGUUGGCUCUCGUUUUUGUGCGCAAAGUGAUGGAUUUCUGCUUCUCCAAGCGAGAGCUCAGCUUUCUGGAUGACCUGAUGCCAGAAAGCAAGAAGAAGAAGUUGGACGAUGCCAAAAUCAAAGCCAAAGAAGAAGAGGAGUCCCAGAAGAUGAUGGAAGCUGCUGCUGCAAAUUCCAUUCAGCUGGAACUGGGGAGGACCAGCGGCUUGGAUAUCCCACAGCAACCCAGUGACAGGGCUGAUCCUUCGGAGAUUAAUAUCUCAGACGAGAUGUCCAAAACGACCGUGUGGAAGGCGCUGACGAUGAAGAGGGAAACGCUCUGACUCUGGGGAGGAAAGAGGAAUGUUGACUCUGAAGGAGAGGAGUGAGAACGUGACUCAGGGAUGUGCCGAUGCAGGCACAGGGAGAAACCGCUUCCUUUCAGCCAGAGGAUUCCCAUUAAAGCCAUGCAGAUGUUGUCGGUUACCCUGGGUGUGCUUCAGGCGUUCAGUAUCCCCAGAGCAGCAAACUGAGGGGCGCAUCACAGUCCGUGGGAGCUGGGUGUUGUUACGCCUCCGUGUGUAUGUGCGUGUGUUGGUGCAGUUUUGUAGUGGUCGAGGGGCUGCUACCGCUCCCUCAUUCAGGGCUAUUUUUUCAGUCUCCAAUUCCUCCUCGCCUUUCUCUUUUCUCCAAAUAUAAACUCUGAAUGUACACAAACACCUUCUGUGAGGUGUGACGCGUUCUGCGCUUGCCUCUUCGUCCCGAAAAGGUUCGUGCUCUGGCUCGGGCUCCUCCCUUGAGUUCACUCCCGCGUCUCUCCCUGGGCCGAGAGGGACGCCCUCCGUGGCGGGGCAGCGGAAGGACCCUCCGAGCAGUUGGGCCCAGGCGAAGGACGAGCAUUUGCUGCCUGCGCUCCAGUUCCGCCCCCUUUGGUUCUUGUUUUGAUUUCUCGCCUUUGCUUUGGCUCUGCCGUCGGCCGGGAAGGUGCAAAGUGCAGAAAUGCCCCCUUCUUGUCCCCUGGCUGUCACCUGAAUGGAAGGGAGCACUGAACAUGGAGCGCCUUGAGUGCAGCGUGUGGUCGUGGGAGCGGGCAGGUGAGGCGUGGGGCUCUGCGCCCCGGGGCUGUCCCCUGCCUUGUUCCGCCGCUUCCCUGCCUUU